AUGGAAGGCCAUAUUUCGGUGGAGACAUCCCUGAAAUGGCUUGAAGGUCUGUCAAAGGGCAUGAUUGGUGAAGAGCUUGAGACCAUAACAAUGGAGGGACUCAAGAUUGUUCAGGCUCAAAAGGGUUUCAUUCGAUGUCAUUUUCUUGUCCCCAAUAGCGUAGCAGAUAAAGAAGGGAAUUGGCACGUGGGUGCAAUGGCAACGCUAAUCGACACCAUUGGAGCUGCCGCUGUGUUAUCUUUAAUUGGUCUUAUCAACAUUUCUGUACAGCUCAAUAUUUCAUACUACUCCACGCCUAAGAUUCGAGAAGAGGUUGAGAUAGAAGCGAAGGUUGUGGCGGACAAAGAAAUAUUAACAUCUGUGGUGGUGGAGGUCAGAAAGAAAGAUAAUGGAGAACUAAUUGCUUUGGGUAAGCAAUGGAUGGCCACACCCACACUAAAGGUUAAACUUGGUGAAAUGAGCAAGCUUUGA